GGCGGCGCCGGGGGGCGGGGGAGCCGCCGCGUGAACCCCGGCCUGCCGCCGACCCCUCCUCGCUGACCGCGGCUGACCGCGGAGCUGACGAAAGACCCCGCCACUGCUUACCCCCCACCCUCCCCUCACCCCCAGAUCACACACCCUAGCCUCGGAAGAUGGGGAACUGCCUCAAAUCCCCCACUUCGGAUGACAUCUCUCUGCUCCACGAGUCUCAGUCCGACCGGGCUAGUUUCGGCGAAGGGACGGAGCCGGACCAGGAGCCGCCGCCGCCAUAUCAGGAACAAGUUCCAGUUCCGGUCUAUCAUCCAACACCUAGCCAGACUCGCCUAGCAACUCAGCUGACUGAAGAGGAACAAAUUAGGAUAGCUCAAAGAAUAGGCCUUAUACAACAUCUGCCUAAAGGAGUUUAUGACCCUGGAAGAGAUGGAUCAGAAAAAAAGAUCCGGGAGUGUGUGAUCUGUAUGAUGGACUUUGUUUAUGGGGACCCAAUUCGAUUUCUGCCGUGCAUGCACAUCUAUCACCUGGACUGUAUAGAUGACUGGUUGAUGAGAUCCUUCACAUGCCCCUCCUGCAUGGAGCCAGUUGAUGCAGCACUGCUUUCGUCCUAUGAGACUAAUUGAGCCAGGAUCUCUCAUCUGACUUCAAGUGAACCUUCAUUUUUUGGUGGUUUUGAUCUUUUGUCACUGAGCCCAAAGAGCCAGGGAUUAGGAAUUAAGAUCAUGCACAAAUGUUUCCUAAAAAUUCCUGAAUGGCUGCAGAUGUUGGGGAAAAGUACGUCAUAUUUUAGAAACUUAGGGGGAAAAGUAGGAUGGUAUUUUUAUGUAAAGCCUUGACCCAGUGUUUAAAAAAAUAUAAUUGUAUUUAGAUCUUGUUAUUGCUCCAGUACAUAGGAAUUGUGUAAAGUGUUACAGCAGCUGUUAUAUGUUUAAAUCGUGUGUGUUGAAGAUUAGGAAAAAGAUAGUGGUUGUUUUUCCUAAAUGAAAUAACUUUCUUCUUCCCCACCCAAAUUCUUUUCUGAAGUUGCUAGCAUUUGGGUCAAGGUUUUAUUAAAAGCUACAUUUUAUAACACUGGCACAAAAAAAGUAGUUUUAAGCUUGUUUGCACAGUUCUUUUUUUCCAUUGGAAAUGGAAUUCAUUGCCUUAGGUCUUUUUAAAUAGUGUAUUAUUAUCGUUGGGGCUGGCUCUAUGCUUGAAACCAGUUUAUUUAUAACCUGUUAUAAGUGCUAUAUCUGUUUGCAGUUAGGAAAUGCAGAAUUCAAAGUGAUCUCCUAGCUUGUAAGCAAACUGAGAUGCACUAUCCCUUUCUAUAAAAAAACAUGAGUUAAUGUGUCAAGAAACCAACUCUAGUAGGAGUUUAGUAUUACCCUUUCCAAUGUGUUUUAUCUAAUUAUUUUGGUUAAUAUGGUGAUAAUUAAAAGUCAAGGUAAAUUUUAAAAAUUAAGAUUUCUGAUUUAUUGAGCUUGAAUUAUGCCACAAUGCUUAUGUAAAAAUGAAAGUGGCACCAUGGUGAAACUGAGAAAAGUUUCUCAGUUUUUCUUGUGACCUCCUUCCCUGUUGUCUUGAACCAUAGCAAAAGGAUACUGCAUCUCUUAUUAUUGUAGUGCUGAGGUUAUUGAAAUUAUACAAAACACAUCUCAGUCUCUGUUUCUUGGAAAGUCCUGCUAGCUGACUGGCAAGUCUAGUAUAAGCAAGGAUAAUUAAGAUAUAUGUAUUUCAUGUUUUGCACACAAAUGCAGAAUUUGUAUAACCACAUGACUUCAUAGUUGUGAUCUCAAAAAAGAAGGAAUUUCUCCUUUAUUUUAUCUUGCAGUUAAUGUAAGAACACUGAAUCUCUAAGCUUCUGAAGUGUUAGAGGUAGAGAUGGUCUAGUAAAGAAGUAGUUGUAAUGUUUUAUCCAUUUUUAGCAUGUGUUUAUUUUUCCGUAUGUACUCAGAGGUGGUUUAUUUGUUCAGCUCAGUGAUAUUACAGCUAAAGAAAUCAUUCAUUAGCAAAAGAAGAAGCAGUUUCAACCUAACAAAUCAGAAAUGUUUCUUAUUAUUUUAUAUUGAGUUGAAUAUUUGACUCUAACACUUUUCUAGAUACAAAAUACAAGUAUCUUGAAGGUUCUUCAUAACUGCGUAUAGAGGAAUUUAGUAUGUCAUAAGUGCUUUUUAAAGAUUUGACAUUUGGCUGUAGUAUCCAUAUGUUGGUUAAUUUUCUUAUGAGCCCCAUGAUGGAAAGACUUAAAGAUGAAUUUGAGAGAAAAAAAAUGAAAGUAAUUAGAUUGUCAGGUUUAUUAAAUUGUUACAUGUAUCUUGCUUAAUUUUUGUUCAUUAAUUUAUAUCCACCCAAUUACAUAAAGCAAAUUUGGAGGAAACACCUGAAGUUGUGCAAUAUUUUAAGUGAUAUUACUGUUUUUAUCCUUGUGUUUUCUACUUAAACAUGAUGUCUGUGUUAUCAAGUAUUAUAGUCAGACUUUUUUUCUAGAUCUUUAAAUUUGGUAAAUGAACUUUUUAAAACUCAUUUUUUAUGUUGCUGUUAGUCUUUCUUUAUACAUGGCUUCUUUCAUAGAAGUUUGGUAGUAUUGAAGGUACCAGUAUUGAGUUGAAUGCUUUUUUUUUUUUAGGUACUUUGUAUUCUUUGAUUUUGACCUUCAGCUACAUGUUAAAAACCACCAAUUUUGGCUUUUACUAAGUUAAAUAAAGUUAUAAUACAGUUGUAAAGAGCUAAAGUUAGAGUUGAUUACGUAACAAUAUUUCCCAAGUUUUCUAGUCUUUUCUUUAAAACAUAUAUGUAUAGAUUUAAUCAGUUACUUUUGAAUCUUUGGGUAUAUAUAAUUUGGGGAAAGUAUUUUUAUGGCUUGGUAUUUCAUCAUAAAUUUAGAAGCUUAAUAGAUUCAAAUUUUCUAAAGCCAGAUGAUAGGCUCACCAUAUUUAGAUUAGCGUGUUCAUGCUUGGCUAUAGGAUUUAAAAUGUCUGAAAAGCCUGAUGAGGAAAAAUAAAAAGAAUUUUAUUCUUUUAAAUGUAAACCAAACAAAUUUAAAUACUAGUAGUUUGAUUCACACAAACCUUUUCAAUUCUAUGAGCGUUCUUUGUAGAGAAUUUCUUAAGCCAGGUAUUAUAACUCACCCUACUACCAGUACAUACCGUGUGAUAUUAAAACAGUAUGAUUUUACAGAAUACAGUGGGCAUUGAAGUAACAAAUUCUCUAUGUACAAAGCUCCUUUGUAAGGAAGCAUGCAUUUUAAAAGAGGAGAAUGGGAAUCAGGAGAAGAAGGUAAGUUUCUUUGGCAUAAUUCAGAAAUGUAUGCAGCUUGGUGGCUACCUCUGCUUACAAGGAUAUUAUCUAGUAGUCAGUUUCUGAGUCAACUGAUUCACUUGCAUUUAAGUGCAUCAUAGCUGACAUAAUAACCUCAACUGGUAUUUUUUUAAUCUUUAUUAUUGAAAGUAUUACAGAUAUCCCCCAUUGACCCCUUCUAGCUCACCCUGCCAUCCAUGCCAGGCCUUCACUACAUUAUUGUCUAUAUCCAUGGGUCAACUAAUUUUUUAAACUUUUAAUUUUGAAAUUAGUGGACAUGGGAAAAGUUGAAUUUUUGGUCAGUAGCUCCUGAAGUAAUAUUAAAUUUAUUCACCUGAAUUUAAAGAUCAUCUAGUCUUUUAUUGGUUGGAGAGAAAGCCAGAAAAGAUAGUUUGUUUUCCCCUUCCUCUCUACCUCUCUAAAUAGCUCUCUUGCUCCAGCCUUACACUCAACUAGACUUCCCUAAGACACAAGCCUGAUUCAGGAAGUUCCCAUCAGGGGAGUCAUGGGCAUGAGAGCCAGUAUCCUCCUGAUGCAUUAUAUUAAUCCUGUGGGGACUUAGCUGAAUUCCUUCUUCUUUUCCCCACUUGGUCCCAGUUUCUAAGUAUUUUACUAUUGAAGUCUUUUGUUUCCAUUAACUUUGUGCCCCUGUUCUCACAAAGGCUGUUUGAUGCUCCUGCUCCCUUUGAAAAUGAAUUGUUAUUACAGGCUAGCCUGCCUAUUAAAAAGUUUGGAUCUA